AUGAGUGCUCCCAUGGACACAGAGCUCACAAUCGACGAAAAUGGCGCUGCUUCCCAACACUCACUUCCCGAGGACAAAGUUCUUGUCCCUGUCGAGGUAACCCUAAAACCUUCCAGCACAGCUAAAAUCGAAGAUGUUCGUUCAGCCGUUGAAGGGAUGCUUGAAAAGAGGAGUUUGAGCUAUAUCAAUGGACCCAUUCCGGUGCCUCUUGAUGAGGCGUUUCUCGCAGAUAACGUGCAAAGAAUUUGCGUUUGCGGAUGUGAUACCGAUGAAGGGAUGCACACUGAUAAUGUUCUUUUGUUCUGGCAAGUGAAGCCUAUUGUACAUGUUUUUCAGCUUAGCGAGGAAGGUCCAUGUGAGGAUAUAAGCUCUGAUGGCCAGUCUUCCAGCUUCAAUGAAUGGAUUCUGCCUGCAAAAGAAUUUGAUGGCAUGUGGGAAAGCUUAAUAUAUGAAUCUGGUCUAAAGCAAAGGUUAUUACGAUAUGCGGCUAGUGCUUUGCUCUUUACUGAAAAAGGGGUUGAUCCAUUCCUUGUUUCAUGGAACCGCAUAAUUUUGUUACAUGGACCUCCUGGGACUGGAAAGACAUCUUUAUGUAAAGCAUUAGCUCAAAAAUUAGCAAUUCGAUUCAACUCAAGAUACCCUCAGUCCCAGCUUGUUGAAGUGAAUGCACAUUCUUUGUUCAGUAAAUGGUUCUCUGAAAGUGGCAAGCUGUGUUUCCUUCAAGUUAAUAUCAAGUAUCCGGUACUAGUGUUGGGUAGGCAGGUAGCGAAACUUUUCCAAAAGAUUCAAGAAAUGGUAGAGGAAGAAAGCAAUCUCGUAUUUGUAUUGAUUGAUGAAGUGGAAAGCCUUGCUGCUGCUAGAAAAGCUGCCCUAUCUGGUUCUGAACCAUCUGAUUCUAUUAGGGUAGUCAAUGCAUUACUAACUCAGAUGGACAAGUUAAAAUCAUCUCCCAAUGUGAUAAUUCUAACCACUUCCAACAUAACUGCAGCUAUUGAUAUUGCUUUUGUUGAUCGAGCUGAUAUCAAAGCAUAUGUUGGUCCCCCAACGCUUCAAGCUCGGUAUGAAAUAUUAAGGUCCUGCUUGCAGGAACUGAUGCGUACAGGGAUCUUGACUAGUUUACAGGGUUGCAAGAAUGUCAUGCUUCCUAAUUACGCUUGUGCAAAGGAGAGGUUGAACGCUCUUGAUUUUCACGAAGGUGCUACAUUCAUGCAACUGUGCAAGCACUUACUGGAAACCGCAGAGGCAUGUGAGGGAAUGAGUGGAAGGGCUUUGAGAAAGCUUCCAUUUUUGGCACAUGCUGCACUUUCAAAUCCUUUUGAUUGCAACCCUAUUAAGUUCUUAUGUACAAUGGUAGAAACUGCAAAGAGGGAGCGUUCUGAGCUUCCUGACUAA